AUGGUCCUUACGCUGAAGAUUCUCAAAGCCACUGGUCUUCCAGCCAAGGACUUCAGCGGUACAAGUGACCCGUUUGUGAAAAUUUUACUUCUUCCAGACAAGAAACACAAAAUGGAAACUCGGAUUAAGAGAAAAAACCUUCAUCCCAUAUGGAACGAAGUGUUUCGUUUUGAAGGAUUUCCGCACAAUAAGUUACUGAGUCGAACUUUAUAUCUACAAGUUUUGGACUACGAUCGUUUCUCGCGAAACGAUCCUAUUGGGGAAAUAGAGAUCCCGCUAAGUGACAUAGACUUGGGGCCUACCACCCUCACAUUUUGCAAGGACCUUCACCCCUGUAAACGCCAGGUAUGUUAUAUAUUUGCUUUGAUCAUUUUACGCGUUUUUCAAGCAUAAUAACCACUAUUUUUGUUUCGUGCAAACGAAAUGCCGCCUUAUCUUUAAUCUUGUAGUUUUGAAGAUGGGUUUCAUUGAGCGAUAAAAUUAGAUUUGAAGUAGACUACGAAAAAGGUGUUCCUUGGAAUUUAAAAAUAACAAAAAAUGAAUUCUGACGCCUCGAUAAAAGAGGAAAUUAUUUUCCAUAGUUUGUCCUAAUUUUUCCAUUUCGCCAGAUAAAAGGACGCUUUCGGGUAUUAUUUUAAUCAAAGAAAUAAUACAUCGUGGCAGAUGGAUAGCUUAUCUUCGCAGCUGAAGUACUUUCCGCAUAAUGCCGUUUUUAAUGUAAAAUUUGAAUACUUUAAAAUGUGGCGCAUUUUACACUUUGGAUAGAAAUUUAAGUAGCGUACGAAAAAUUUUUUUUAGGUCUAAAGAGCAAGGAAACUUAUAAGAGUCGAUCAAAGUGUCCAAAACAAUAACAAAAUAACUUUGGCAUAAAACUAAGAGAUUAAAUUAAUAAUUUACAGACAAGGUGACCGGAUAUAGCUUUAACACCUGAAGCCUGACCGAACUAACAUGCUCUGUUUCAACCACCACUAAGAAACAUCUGAUCAAUGGGAAAUCCACAUUGCACAAAUCAAAACUAAAAUACUGAUCCUCUUACAGUUUAAACAGAUAUUUUCAGAUUUAGUAUUUUUGUUUUUCACUUAACUCAGUAGCCCAACAAUAUAGUAAUUGUCUUCAGUUAUGAAUACAUUAACAUUUUUUUAAAAGUAAUUUGAGGGGAAAAAGACAUUGAAAGUUAUCUUAAAUUUUCCCAUUCAAUGAUUAGUAAAAUUAAAGAUAUUAAGACUUUUAUCAGUCCAGAAAGGAAAUUUUAUCCACGAGGAAAUUAAUGAUAUUUAUAAAUAAACCAGUACAUCGCCGGCCACGUCUUACUAACUGUGUGGGCUGUUCAUGUGAAGACAAAAAAAAUAAUUAACAAUUUCGGUAUAAUACAUUUAAAACAUAGUUUAACGAUAUUUCUGAAUAUUCGAGUGUUUACGAGAGAGAUAAAGAACUUACUUAGAUGAAAAUAUACCCUGCGGUCUUCUCCAUUUUAUAAUCAUAGAAUAUUCGCUUCAAUUUCACGUUAAGCAAGAUGUUGAACACCCUCAAAAAGGUCGGAAAAGCUAAACUGAAGGUAAAUGAAGGAAAUCUAUCGCUCUCACACUGAGAAGAAAUUUUGCGCAUAAUUAAUUAAAGAUAAAUGCUCAAUAUUGUAGCCCGAGGAUAUUCUAUUUAGAAUAGACUGCUUGUAGUCUGCGGUAUAAGAUGGGGCUAUAUAAUAAAAUAUUGCCAGCGAAAUUUUUAUGACCUUUACAUCUAAAAAGCUGUCAUUCGGUGCGAAAGGCUUUGAUUGAUUUUUAUUCUAUAAAAGAAUCACUUUUACAUUCCGGAAUAUACUCUUAAUAUACUCUUAAGCAAUCCCUCUCUAUUUCAGUUGCUUAUCUUUAUACCUAUUUUUGCGAGUUGAAAUUGCGUUAUCAAAUUUUUUUAAUAAAAAAAUUAAUGAUCAAAAAUCUUUCAUAACCUCAGCAGGAGUUAUGGGAAAGUCAUUUAAUUUUUAAAACAAUGUACAUUUUAAAAUGUAGCACAUCAGAAAGUUACAGGCCUAAAAUACAAAAAGACAAAAAAUAUAUCUAAAUUAUAUAUGAAAUAAAGAUAGCAACUUGACAGACCCAAUUCAUUUUGACGAGCCAGCUGAUCGUGAGUAUGCAUUGUACGGCAACUACCAGUCUUGCAGAGAGAUAAGUAGCUUAAGGACACCGUCAAUUGUCUGAGAAAAGUAAUUAUUAAUUAAAAUUGCAUGAUGUCAAAGGUUCAUUUGACACUGGCUAUCAUUUCAAAUCUAAUUUACCCUGCGUAGGUGUAUACGUAUUUAUGUUAACAAAACCAAAAUGUUUACAUAGGGAGACAUAUGAUCUCAAAAAGUAAAGAAAAACAUUGACUGCCUGAAAUAUGCGUAAAAAAGAAUGAGCGACAGUUUGUUUCACUCAUCAGUCAAGCUAUUGUAGCAAGUCAAAAACAGUACACUAUGUUGCCUUAUGAUCUGAUUAUUUUUCAGAUACAGUAUUCGCACACUUAUUAUAUCAAUGGAUUGACAGGAGAUUUUGAGUAAAUAAAACAUCAAAUGUGGUGUAAUUGAAACAAGGGCUAAUGAAAAAUGUUUCAUGGUGGAGACUGUUUCCUAGCAAAAAGAUUCAUUGAAACUGUCUUGUUGAUUUAUUUAGAUCGAAGGUUGUCUUAUAAAUUAAACAAGAGCCAUGAUGAAUUUUGGUUGCUCUAUUAAUUACAGAGUUUUGAUCUUGUCUUAUAUAAAGGGUACACUAUGAUAUUAAAUGAUCCAGCCUGCCGCUCUACUUCACAACUUAAACUUUACUUCGUAAAUAACAGCUGUAACCCAAAUGAAAGGCAAAAAAAUUGUCUUGAAAAAUUAAUGAAAUGUGUGAUUUGUAUUUGAUUUGUUGAUGAUCUGGACAGAGGAAGCUAGGUGUAAGUGCGCAUCUCCAUUUGGCAGAUAGCUUUGACAGGACUCCCAUGUAUGUUAGGAGGAAAGCUGUGAGAAAGGCUGACACCCUUGGUAGACAACUCUGUAUGGCACAAACCUCUAUUAUUUUUUUAAGAAGUCAACACUGUAGGGAAGCCAUCCCUAUUAGGCAGACAUCCCUGUCAUGCAGACACCUCUCUAAGGCAGAGACACCCUUGAUGGGCAUACACAUAUGUUAGGCAUAUACCCCUGUAAUGUACACACCCAUCUAAGGCAAACACCCUGUAAGGCAACCUUGGCAGACACUUUGUUAAGGUAGACACCCGGUUAGGCAGACACCUCUCUCAGGUAGAGAUUCUUAUAGGCAAAUACCCCUGUUAAGCAAACACCCUUGUAAAGUACAUCCUUUCCACAGCAGACACCUCUUUUAGGCAGUAGAAACUCCUGAUGAGCAAACACACCUGUUAGGUAUACACCCUUGUAAGGAAUACACCUCUCUACAGCAAACACCCCCUGUGAGCUGGCAGACAUCUCUCUAAGGUAGAAACUCCUGAUGGGCAAACACUCCUUUUAGGCAAAUGUCCCUGUAAGGUACACACAUUUCACAUUCGUCUAAGGCAGACACCCCUGUUAGACAGACACUCCUGUAAAGUAAACACCCCUGUAGGGCAGACAGUCCUAGAAGGUAGACACCUCUCUAUGGCAGACACCCAUGUUGGGCAGACAUGCUGGUAGUGUACCCACCCCUUCACAGUAGAUACCUCUCUAAUACAGAGUCCCCUGCAGGGCAGGAACCUCUGAACGGUAAACAUCUUUUAAGGCACCUCUCUAAGGUAGAAAUCCCUGUUGCGCAAACACCGUGUUAAGCAUACACCUAUGUAAGGUGGGCACCCUGUUAGGCAGACACCCCUGUUAAACGUACACCUCUAUAAGGUGGGCACCCUGUUAGGCAGACACCCCUGUAAGGUAGACAAGUAUUUAAAGCACACAAACUUGUUAGUCAGAUGGUAGGUAGACACACCUCUCUAAAGCAGACACCUCUGUAGACAUCUCUGCUGGGCAGACACACCUGUUGGACAGAUGCCUUACUAAGCAGACUCCUUGUCAGUCAGACACCUCUAAAUGGUAGACAUGCCUGUAGGGCAGACAGCCCUGCCGAGUAGACACCUCUUUAAGAAAGACACCCCUGUAUGGUAGACACACCUGUAGAGCAGACAACUCUCAUGGCAGACAAACUUGUAAGGGAGAAACACUUGUUAGGUAGACAUGGACUUUGUAAACAGCAGAUAAUGCUGUUCAUCAGAGUUUGAAAAGGUGCCCCGGAUGUCCGUCUCACAGAGAGUGUGUGUUAGCGUAAUUCUUCUGAAUAUCCAUGUAUUUUCUGACAAUCAAUCUGUUCCAAUUGCAACAGGAACACCUGGGUGAUCUCCUAGUAUCUAUGAUGUACCAACCUACUAAUAACAGAAUUGUGGUGGUUGUUAUGAAAGCCGCAAAAUUAAAGAAAAUGGACUUAAUUGGAUCUUGUGGUAAGAUUUUAAGUCUCUGUUGCAUGUCUUUAAAAAUCUUAUGAGUGUGACAGUUGUAACCCUUUCACUCCUACAGUCCAGAACAGAACUUGUUACCAUAGUCCUAACUUUUGGGGCUGUAAACAAGCAGUUACGUUGCACCCAUUUAAACGAAACCUCUUUUAUAAGUCACUAUGGUGCUAUUUGGUUUUCUGAGAAAAAAAUUAUUUAGAUCUGAGACAUUCUUUGGAGUGAAAGGUAAACCUGAAGGAUGCAGAUGCCACACCAUUCAAAAUAUUUAACAGGUUUUAAUUUCUUGGGCUACAAUGUGUUUUUUUACUGGUUAUGUUUUACACCCUACACACAUCCUGUCCUUCUAUCCCAAGUACUCAGAUAUAUUAUUUUUUAUCUGACUUUACCCACAAAAAAAUUAUGAAGCUGUUUAAUCUCCACAAACAUGACUUUAUAAAAUUGUUUGUUCAAAUGUUAGAUCCUUAUGUGAAGAUUUACUCCAUGCAUGGAGGAAAACGCUUAGACAAGAAGAAAACUACCAUAAAGAGAAGAAAUAAGGAUCCAGUGUGGAAUGAAUCCUUUAUUUUUCACGUCCCAGUCGACAAACUAAGAGACAUUACAUUCGUAUUUACUGUAAUGGACUAUGACCGUGUCACACAAAAUGAAAUGAUUGGUCAAGUUAUUCUAGGGUACCGUACCACAGGAACCUCAUUGCGGCACUGGACAGAUAUGAUGGGCAACCCUAGGAAGCCUGUGGCACAGUGGCACAGACUACAACUUUACUGAUGUUAAUUAAAAUGUGAAAAUUGUAAUUUUUCCAAGACUACUGCUAUCUCAUACUCUCAGUUAUUAAAACAAGGUCUAAGAAUAAACUUCUUACAUCAAGAUACCCAUAGAACAUGAAUUUGUUUCACAUGGUGAUGAGUUAUGUAUGAGAUACGGUGGUCUACUCCAUUCUUAUGCUGUAAAUAUGUCAUCAUGCUAAUUUAAUUAUCGGAAAAUGUAAAUCUACCCUCUUCUUAUAAAAGGUCAGCUGAGAUUUCAGCUACUUGACCUAGGAGUCAUGAAUGUAAUUAAUCAACAGUUUUAUCUAUUUAAUUAC